AUGCCCUCGUCCACGUCAACCGUCCUAGGUCUCGGCGGUACCUCGACUAUAAACAGCGGCUCGAACAACCUGCAGCAGCCUCCAGUUGCCCCUCUCCCCAGGUGGGCUGCGGAACUCAUCCAGCGCAUGGAUGUCACGAAUCACUUGCUCCAACAAACAAAUAUCCAGCUCUACAAUAUCCAUAGGCGGCUGGCAGGCUUUGAGGCAAAGCACGAGCGAAUCACCGCUGCGCUGGAGCUGCUUGUGCCCACCAUGCCGCUCGAGUACUUGGAUGCUCUUCUCCAGGAUGAGUCCGCUAAGGAUCCGGCGCAACGGACUGCUUAG